AGUAGUGGUAAGAGAGACAGAGAAACAUAUUUGUUCUCUGUUAAAUUAUUAAUACUUACGUUACUGUACAUGAUUAAUAAUUAAGUACAGAUUAAGUACAGAUCAUUAUGUGGUAGUUUGCAGCGUUGAUAGAUGCAUUUGACGAACACAAUUUGUCAAGAUCUGGAAAGUGAAAGUAAAGUUGAUCAGGCAUCGGCUUUAAGAGGAAAUGGCUUCAAAAUCAGAAGAGGACUAUUCCUGUCCUGUGUGCUUUGACAUCUACAAGGAUCCUGUCAUCAUGUUGUGUAGUCACAGUGUGUGUAAAGUCUGUCUGCAGCGAUUCUGGGAAACCAAAGGAUCCAAAGAGUGUCCAGUCUGCCGUAGAACAAGCUCAUUGGACCCUCCACCUAACCUGGCUCUAAGGAAUGUGUGUGAGGCGUUCUUACAGGAGAGAAAUCAGAGAGCUGCAGCAGGGUCUGAGGUGCUCUGUAGUCUGCACAGUGAGAAAUUCAAGCUCUUCUGUCUGGAAGAUCAACAGCCUGUGUGUGUGGUGUGUCGAGACUCCAAAAAACACACUGGUCAUCAGUUCCACCCUAUAGAUGAAGCAGCACUUGACCGCAAGGAGGAACUGAGGAUUAAUCUGCUACCCUCACAAAACAAACUGAAGGCCUUUGAAAAGGCAAAGCUCAACUGUGAUGAAACAGCAGAACACAUUAAGACUCAGGCUCAACACACAGAGAAGCAGAUCAAGGAGGAGUUUGAGAAGCUGCACCAGUUUCUACGAGAUGAAGAAGCAGCCAGGAUAUCUGCUCUGAGGGAGGAAGAGAAGCAGAAGAGUCAGAUGAUGAAGGAGAAGAUUGAGAAGAUGAACAGAGAGAUCUCAUCUCUCUCAGACACCAUCAGAAGCAUAACAGAGAAGAUGGGAGCCGAUGAUGUCACACUCCUGCAGAACUACAAGAGCACAGUGGAAAGAGCCCAGUGCACACUGCAGGAUCCAGAGAUGGUUUCAGGAGCUCUGAUUGAUGUGGCAAAGCACCUGGGCAACCUGAAGUUCAGAGUCUGGGAGAAGAUGCAGGCCAUAGUUCAAUACACUCCUGUGACUCUGGAUCCCAACACUGCAAACCCUCAGCUCAUCCUGUCUAAGGAUCUGACCAGUGUGAUUCUCAGUGAUGAGAGGCAGCAGCUUCCAGAUAACCCAGAGAGAUUUGAUACGUAUCCCUGUGUCCUGGGCUCUGAGGGCUUUAACUCAGGGACACACAGCUGGGAUGUGGAGAUUGAGGACAGUGAUGCCUGGAUCAUAGGUGUGACUGAGCAUUCCGUCAGAAAGGGAAACGGAUCUCAGAGGCAGGGCUGGUAUAUCCAAUAUGCUAAUGGAAUGCAUAGAACAUAUCCACUCACAUUAGAUCCUUUACCCCCUGGUUUAGACUCUAAGUUUAGAAAACUCGAGAAGAUAAAAGUUGACUUGAAAUGUGACACAGGGGAGGUUUCUUUCUCUAGCGUUUCAGGUGUACUGCUAUGUAGUUUUAAGUACACAGUUGGAAAGACAGUCUUUCCAUAUGUUUCUACUUCACGCUCUUUGAAGAUAACAUUGUGGAAAUCAGCAGUAAAUGUGCAUAGGGCUAAAGACGAUCAAGGCUGUACAGUGAUGUAGAGUUCUGAUGGCCCAAAACCUCAUACUACACUGUUUUAUCCUCCAUCAUGAAACACAGUGAUUGUAAGAUACAGUAUAUGAAGGGAAUGCCAAUCAUACAAAAGUCUAAAAAUUAUUUUCUAAUGAAGGGAGCGAACUCUCAUCAAGUAGACAAUGGGCCUUUCCCAAACUGGUUACUUCACCCUCUCCCUACUCCAUUUGUGUGUUGAAGGUCCACCAUACGAAGGGCCGCUGGAAGUCAAUUACUGUCAAGUGGUAGUGUGUUAUAAACCCUUCAACAGUAAUUGAACACCGAUGCCCCCUCAUCGAGGGUGUGUGUUCAUUAAUGCGGCAAGCCAUGGACGUUUCAAGCGUCCAUGACGUUAGUUUCUUAAUAGGCCACGCCUGCAAACAAAUCCAUGUUUUGGGAUAAACCCUGCGUCCAGGGCUGUGCUAAUCUUACAACCUCUAAAAAUCUUGCUCUGUUUGAAGUUACGCUGAUUGCUGAUAAAGGGAAUGACAGAAGUUUAAAGGAUGUUACCUCAAAUGUUCACCUACUGUACAAAAAAGCUGCCAUCUUUGAGAUCUUAUACCUUGUGAUUAUUCCGGGGUUUUUUAAUUAUUGCACCUGUUAAACUUGCAGGGACAAAGAAGUCUGAAAUGCAGGCGUUGGUAUGUGAUAUCUUUUACAAAAUGUGGAAUGGGGCUGUUGCAUUCUGAUGUUCUUUACUGUUAUUUAUACUUGUUAAAUAAAAAUGGU